GGUGUUGGUUUGACAUCUCUGUAAACAUCUUCGUGCUUGCCUCGUGGUGGUCAUCUCCUUUGCCUUUGGUCAGUUAUGAAAAGCAUCGGUGGCUAUUAAACCUAUAAGCUUGUAAACGACACAGGAGCCCCGCCCCUUCCUGUUCCCUCUCCUCCGGUGUGACAGACAAGAUGGCGGACCUGUGCGACGGCGUCACGCUGGAGAUGCUGCAGGAGGCUCGGGAGACGGUGCGCUCGAGUCCGCUGGGCGUGAUACACACACCCAUGAUCCCGUGGAGCCAGACCGCGCUGCCGCUCCAUGGCCCAGCAUGCAACAUUCACAUCAAGCUGGAGAACAUGCAGAGGACCGGUUCAUUCAAGAUAAGAGGAGUGGCCAAUCAGUUUGCCAGAAGACCUCCAGGCGGCCAUUUUGUCACCAUGUCAGCUGGGAAUUAUGGGAAGUCGUUCGCCUUCGCGUCAAAGCACUACAAGUCCAAAGGGAAAGUAGUGAUGCCAGAAACUGCCCCUGUGUCCAGAUCGGUUCUGAUCCAAAGUUUCGGCGUGGAGGUGGAGCGUGUCCCGACCUCCGGCAUGAUAGAGGCGGUGAACCGCUGCGUUCGAGACGAGAACAUGACCUUCCUGCAUUCUUACGACGACUUGGACCUGAUCACGGGCCAUGCCAGCCUGGGCUUUGAGAUCCUGGAGGCGGUGGCGAGGCCUGACGUGGUGGUGGUGUGCUGUGGAGGGGGGGGCCUGCUGGCUGGAGUGGCCGUGGCGCUCAAGCUCUCGGGGUGCCACAACACCAGGAUCUACGGCGUGGAGCCAGAGGGGGCAUGCACCAUGUUCAAGAGUUUCAAGGAGAAGAAGCCUGUUGCCAUGGAUACAAAGAGCAUCGCCUCCGGCUUAGCUCCUCCCUCUGCAGGUGCGUUACCCUAUGAGCUGUGCCGGCGGUAUGUGGAGGACGUGGUCCUGAUAACGGACGAGGAGAUCAAGAGCGCCGUGUCCACUCUCUACCGAUCCGGACUGCUCGUGGAGCCCUCGGGGUCGGCCGCCUUCGCUGCCGUCACCAACGGACGCAUUCCUGACAUCGCCGGGAAGACCGUCGUCGUCAUCCUGAGCGGAGGGAACAUCGGCAAAGACGAGCUGGUCCACUUCCCAGACUGAGGCUGUAGGGUGGUGAUGGGAGGGGGCGUGUCCUCGUUUCCCUUCAUCACCUCAAACACUGACCAAUCACAACUGUUUUAAUCACUGAGCUCGUGAGAGCAACACAGGUGUAGCUCAAAUAAGAAUAUAGUGAAUAAGAAUAUAGUGGAAAAGCAAUUUUUUUCCGUAAUUUAUUUUUUAAAAAGUGAAAUUCUCAUAUAAUUUAGAUUUUUACACAUCAAGUGAAAUAUUUCAAGCCUUUUUAAAAAUAUUAGAAUGAAGAAUUUAUAGUACAGAAAUGUCCACCUGGAAAGAGCGCUAAUGAAGGGCGCUGAUGAAGUCAAAACACUGGCAACAGCUUCCUCUCAUCUCCGGUUGGUUCUUGUAUUCCUCCUGAUUGUGUAGCAAAGAAAUCGUCCUGUUCAUGUUCCCGUUCACUUCCGCAGAAACAACAAAUUUCCAUAGACCUCUGAAGUUCGCCUACAAAAGGAAUCCAAAGCUGCCAUCUUUGCCCAUAUAAGGAGAUCCGGGAGUUAAUUGAAGCUAGCUGCCUAUGGCAAGUUGCAUUGUAAGUUAGCUCUGGGGUAGCAAAGAUCAGAGUGUGCCGUCCUCACCUUACUUACCUAAUGUCAUUGUUAUUUUUGUUCACAUUUAUAUCAAAUAAAAAAAAUCUAACGGUUGACAUCAAUAUUGUUUUGCUCC